AGUCACGAGGUUGGGCGUUCAACGUUCAACUUUGAGCUCCCCUAUUAAAUAAACAUCUUCUUCGUCCAAGCUUCGUCUUCAUUUUCCUCGAAACUCGCGUUAGCAAACAAUAUGCGGACAGUUGAGGAGAUGACAGCCUUAGAAGUCAAACGCUCACCGGUUUGGGAUAUCAUUGGUGCGCUGGAAAACAUCAAUAAUAACCACUCGCCUUUAGCUCGCACGUUCACAAGCGAUCGAUAUGAUUCCAGACCUUGAAACCCAUUCUCCAAAUCCCCCAAUACUGACCAGUCUGCUAUGCACCAGAGUGUCAGCGCCAUCGUCAUCGAGCGCCAGCAGCAACUUGAUGCAGUUUUGCAUGAGAUCUCCGGGCUGGAAACCGUGAUGGAUGGUAUAAAGAAUCUUCAUCAGCAACUCGUCGAGAAAAAGGACAGAAUCACCUGGUCCAUGAAUAUGCACAAGGGACUCAUAUCGCCUCUCUGGCGCUUGCCAACCGAAAUCUUAUCCCAAAUUUUUGACCACUGUCUCCCGGGUGAAGGUUCCUUGUUGUCCCCAUCAACGCGACGCGCUCCCAUACUUUUGACCGGAAUAUGCCGACGUUGGAGGGAGGUAGCUGUGUGUCUGCCCAGUUUAUGGUGCAGGUUGUAUGUGGAAGUCCACGACAGUGACUGGCAGCGGGCAUCUUUCUGCUACGACUCGUGGCUCAAGCGAUCCCGAGGAUGUCCGCUCUCGUUAGAACUCAACUGCGUCGCAAAUGACUUGACCAAGCUACAAAGCCUUUUCCAGCCCUACAUCGAUCAAAUAAUUCAAAGCUCGUCUCUCCGUAUCCAUUUUUACGGAGAAACAGUCCAACCCGAACUUUUGUUACAGGACCUCCCAGCACUUCAGGAGGUGACCAUGAUAAUAUUGGCACAUAUCGACACUUCAUAUAUUGCACAAUUUAUCUCGCGACUGCCCUCCACUCUGCGCAGUCUCACGGUCACGGAGUCGUUCGGCGUCGAGCACUUGUCUUCUUGCAAUUCUGUAUUGGCCCAUCUGACAAAUCUCGAGAUCUACAUAGAUCAUUCGAAUGCAUUCAUCCACUUGCUCCAGCUAUGUCCUAACCUCUCUUCGUUAAAAGUUUGCGCAGUAAUCAACCAGGUGCAAACCUUGGAGCCAUUCACGCACACCAGCAUUCGAUCCUUACGCAUCAAUUUUAACUCUGUGUACACACGCUGUAUAUCUGGCCUGUUCGAUGCUCUAUCACUCCCCAAUUUACGGGUUUUUGAAGCUCGUUAUUUACGAUCAUGGCCUCAUAAGGAGUUCAAGUCAUUCUUGGUACGGUCACAAUGUCCCCUGGAGAGCCUGACUUUUGGUAGUCUAAGAAAGAUGAUGACGGAUGAGCAGCGGGCGAAAUAUGUUAACCUUUUCCCUUCCAUCGAAGUAAUAGUACUGCAUCCCCUGGAAAGUACUUUUUAAGCCUCAGUUGUAUUUCGCGAUCAUGAUAAUGGACUGGCAGUAGAAUAUAGUAUUCU